CUUUUUAGGAACUGUGGAGGAGAGUAGAAGAAAGAUUGAGGAGAAAUUUGUGUUUUUUUUUCUUGGUUGAUUGCUGUGAUAAAAGGGUAUGAGGUGAAAUUUAGGACGAAUAUAAAGAGCCUGACUUUGAAUUGUUCUAUUAGUUGUUCUUCAUGUAAGCUUAGCAAGGAUUUGCAAACAUGAACAACAUCAGAAGAAUGGGAUUUCAUUAUCUGCACAAAUUGAAUGCUGAAAAUAUACCAAGAGACUUGAUAGAGAAGGGGCAAAAGCGUGUUAUUGAGGCAUCUCUUACACUUAUCCAGGAGAGGGCUAAGCUAAAGGGAGAACUUCUCCGUGCUCUUGGGGGUGUUGUAGCAUCAUCAUCUCUUCUUGGAGUUCCUCUGGGGCAUAACUCCUCAUUUCUCCAGGGCCCAGCAUUUGCUCCUCCUCGAAUUCGAGAGGCUAUAUGGUGUGGCAGCACAAACUCUACAACUGAAGAAGGCAAAGACUUGAAAGAUCCGCGUGUCUUGACUGAUGUUGGUGAUGUGCCAAUUCAAGAGUUACGAGAUUGUGGCAUAAAUGAUGAUGCACUAAUGGAUAUUAUUAGUGAAUCUGUCAAGCUAGUGAUGGAAGAGAGUCCACUGCGCCCCUUAGUGUUGGGGGGUGAUCACUCCAUAUCGUAUCCUGUUGUCCGAGCUGUGUCUGAGAAGCUUGGAGGACAAGUUGAUAUCCUUCACCUCGAUGCUCACCCUGAUAUCUACCAUUCCUUCGAAGGAAACAGAUACUCACAUGCAUCUAGUUUUGCUCGAAUUAUGGAAGGUGGCUAUGCUAGGCGACUCCUACAAGUUGGAAUUAGAUCAAUCACAAAGGAAGGUCGUGAACAAGGAAAGAAAUUUGGCGUUGAGCAAUAUGAAAUGAGAACGUUUUCCAAAGAUCGCCAAUAUCUGGAAAAUCUGAAACUAGGCGAGGGAGUAAAGGGCGUGUAUAUUUCUGUGGAUUUAGACUCGCUUGAUCCUGCAUUUGCCCCGGGAGUAUCUCACAUUGAGCCGGGAGGUCUCUCAUUCCGCGAUGCCCUCAACAUACUCCACAACCUUAAAGGCGACAUCGUGGCGGCUGAUGUGGUCGAAUUCAACCCACAGCGCGAUACUGUUGAUGGGAUGACUGCAAUGGUUGCUGCAAAACUAGUGAGAGAAUUAGCUGCUAAGAUAUCUAAGUGAUAAGUAAACGAUCGAUUCGUGCUACCGAAUAUGUAUUUAGUCAAGUAAUGCCUUUUAAUUCUCAAAAUAGCUCCUGUCAGUUUCAAUGUUUUCAUGCUACAUUUGGAUUUUGUAUGUUUUUGCCCCAUGGGGAAUGAUGAAUUACAAUGCUUAGCUUCAACUCAAA